UGAAUUAGAAACUGAAUUGGAUUAAGAAGAAUGCAGCGAGGCCGGCUGGGUACGUAGCUCGCCGUGCCUUAGGCGCUUGCUGAUUUCCCGCAGGUUCCGAUUCUCGACCAACGCAAAUCUAUGGGUCGAGGUGUCUCGUUGGCAGGGCGAAGAUGCUCGAGCGUCUCGGUUCCAGUUAUUGCUAUCACGUUUCUCAGUCUUGCAACGCCGCAUUCUGAGAGAAGCACUUGAAUGUGCGCCGGUGCUGAAGAAGACCUUCGGCGAAGGUGUCAGUCGCAGGAAAAUCCAAAAAUCAUGCAGCAAAAGCAGGGAGGAAAAGAUGUGAGUGGAAGCACCGAGGAGCGGAGAUAACGGGGACAGAGGGCCAGGUGAAAUUCUAGCCCGACGCGGCGCCUCGUCUGCUGAAUGUUGCUGUCUUUGGACUCGCCGGCUUGCUGCCUUGAAGCGGUGCAGGGGAUCUUGGACACGCCACUGAGAGGGAUCGGGGCUGCCUCGCUGGUCCGGCGGAGGCUUGCCGACUUGUCGACGCUGCAGAGGGCUGCUGAGUUGCACGCGGAAUGGGCUGCGCCCCCAGUAUUCACGUCUCUCAGAGCGGGGUGAUCUACUGCAGGGACUCAGACGAGUCCAACUCCCCGCACCAAACCACCACUAUCUCCCAGGGAACCGCAGCUACUCUACAUGGCCUCUUCAUUAAGACCGACGCCGCCGAGUCCAUCCCGUCAGUGCUGGCGUACCAGAGCCGGCACACCCGCACCAACUCCCGCCGAGAACGCAGGGACAACAGCGGGGGACAGUGCUGCAUCGAGGCCGAGACCCAGACCAGUCACACCAGUGUUAAGGUUUCUGCGACUGAGGUGCGUUUUGGUCCCAUGAGAGUGUCGCAAGAGCCAAUUCAGGUUCUUCUGGUCUUUGCAAAAGAGGACAGUCAGAGUGAUGGAUUUUGGUGGGCUUGUGACCGAGCUGGAUAUCGGUGCAACAUUGCUAGAACCCCAGAGUCAGCACUUGAAUGUUUUUUAGACAAGCAUCAUGAAAUAAUUAUUAUUGACUCUAGAAAUUCACGAUACUUUGAUGCAGAAUCAGUUUGCAGGUCAAUUCGUGCUACAAAACCCUCUGAACACACUGUAAUACUAGCCAUCGUGCCUCAAAUACAGCCUGAUCAAGAAGAAUCCUCUGUUCUGCCUCUUCUUAAUGCAGGAUUUAAUAGGAGAUUUGCAGAAAAUAACAGCAUAAUGGCUUGCUACAAUGAACUCAUUCAGCUGGAACAUGGAGAAGUGCGCUCACAAUUUAAGCUAAGAACCUGUAAUUCCCUGUUUACAGCACUGGAGCAUUGUCAAGAAGCAGUGGAGAUAACUAGUGAAGACCAUGUCAUACAGUAUGUGAAUCCAGCCUUUGAACGCAUGAUGGGGUACCAUAAAGGAGAAUUAAUUGGGAAAGAGCUAACAGAGCUACCCAAAAGUGACAAAAACCGAGCAGACCUCCUGGACACAAUAAAUAUGUGCAUUAAAAAAGGGAAGGAGUGGCAAGGGAUUUAUUAUGCACGACGGAAAGCAGGAGACAACAUACAGCAACACGUUAAAAUAACACCGGUCACUGGACAGGGAGGGAAAAUUCGACAUUUUGUAUCAAUCAAAAGACUGUGCGGUGAAAACCAAAAACAGGUAUACAAAAUACAUUGUGAUGAGAAACACAUUGGAGAAAAUUUCCAUACAGACUCUUUCAGACACAAAGAUCGAAGGAAAGAAUCAGUCGACGUCAGGUCAAUAGCAUCAAGAGGAAGUGAAGCUCCAAGUCUACAGAACAGAAGAUACUCGUCAAUGGCAAGAAUACAUUCAAUGACUAUUGAGGCUCCCAUUACAAAGGUCAUCAACAUUAUUAAUGCAGCCCAGGAGAACAGUCCUGUUACCGUAGCAGAAGCCUUGGACAGAGUUUUAGAAAUCCUCAGGACAACAGAGCUAUACUCACCUCAGCUGGGCACCAAAGAUGACGACCCACACACCAGUGACCUUGUGGGAGGCUUGAUGACAGAUGGCUUACGGAGACUUUCAGGAAAUGAAUACGUCUUCUCAAAAAACAUGACUGACAGUCACAGCCAGAUGGUGGUGCCCAUCACUCUUAAUGAUAUCCCCCCUCAAAUUGCACAACUGUUGGAUAUGGAAGAACAGUGGGACUUCAACAUCUUUGAAUUAGAGACAGCCACUCAUAAAAGGCCCCUCACUUACCUUGGACUGAAAAUCUUUGCCCAGUUUCGAGUGUGUGAGUUUCUGAGCUGCUCGGAAGCUUCACUGAGGUCCUGGCUACAAGUGAUUGAAGCUAAUUACCAUGCCUCCAACUCCUACCACAACUCGACACAUGCUGCAGAUGUCCUACACGCCACUGCCCACUUCCUUCGAAAGGAAAGAGUCAAGGGCAGUCUAGAUCAGCUCGAUGAGGUGGCUGCUCUGAUAGCGGCAACUGUACAUGAUGUCGACCACCCAGGGCGCACCAACUCCUUCUUGUGCAAUGCAGGCAGUGAACUUGCCAUCCUGUACAACGACACAGCUGUGCUGGAGAGUCACCAUGCAGCCCUAGCCUUCCAACUCACAGGACGCGAUAACAAAUGCAACAUCUUCAAGAAUAUGGAAAGGACUCAAUUUAGAGCAUUACGGCAGUCAAUUAUUGAUAUGGUGCUGGCCACAGAGAUGACCCGACAUUUUGAACACGUCAGCAAAUUUGUAAACAGCAUCAACAAGCCAAUUGCGGCCAUAGAAGAAACUAGCUCAAAUAGUGAAAGCAGUGACUGCGAUUGUCCAGCCAGCAUAAAGAACUCCCCAGAGAAUCGCCUCCUCAUCAAGCGCAUGCUGAUCAAGUGUGCCGACGUCGCCAAUCCAUGCCGGCCACUGGAGCUCUGCAUAGAGUGGGCCGGGAGGAUUUCUGAAGAGUACUUCGCACAAACUGAUGAAGAGAAGAGACAAGGCCUUCCAGUUGUGAUGCCAGUGUUUGAUCGAAACACCUGCAGUGUUCCUAAAUCUCAAAUGUCCUUUAUUGAUUACUUCAUUACUGAUAUGUUUGAUGCGUGGGAUGCUUUUGCCAGUCUACCCAACUUAAUACAGCACUUGGCAGAAAACUACAAGUACUGGAAGACCUUAGACGAGAUGAAGUUUAAAGGCCUCCGACCACCACAGGAUCUCUCUUAGAACCAACAUGGUUUCCAUCUCACUGUGACUCCACGAGAGGAAAGCAAAAACAAAUAAAAAGGAUGACAACAAGGGGUCCAUUCUUUGUAUGCUGACAAGACAACCGAGGGGUUCCUGCUUCUGGGCGACAAAACUACAAAAUGCAAGAUGCCCACCAUUUUCUGGUUUUAAAAUUGGUUUUAGACAUUUGUUUUCAUCUCAUAUUAAAAUGAAGGUUUAAAAAUGAAGGUAAACCUAACAAAAUACCCAAUAUAAUUUUAAACAAUUCCCCAUAAUAUUCUCAUAAAAGUCACGAUAGACAUGAGUAAUGGUUUUGAUUGAAAAGAAAUUGUUUACAGAAGAACACAUAUUGGCAGAAAAUCAAAUUUGAGGAAUUCAAUUUCUCCAGCAGUUCAUUUUGAUCUCUUGGUAUUACUGUACAGGUCUACUGAACAACAAAUGGGGUUCCUUUUCUUUGAAAGCAUCGGUGUCCAGUCCAAAUGAGCUCUUAAGAAAACAUUUUCAGCUAUUAUUUUAAAUAAAGUAAUGUCUCAGUGCAAGAGCUGCACCAUGGGUGCUGACACAGUGCGUCGAGAUAGGAUCGUUUUCUGCAAUUAAUACAUAUUAAAAAUGAAAUGGUUAAAGGGCGUAAAAGACGAUUUUUGUCUUUCAAAUUUGUGUCAUUUUGCCAAAAUAUUUUUAGUUUACGCUUCUGCCCUCACUUCUGUAGUCACAUUAGCAGCUGAGGUGCUAAAAUCCAGAAUAUCCUAAGAAGGCCAAUCCCAAGGGGUGUCCUGGUCUCAUCUUAAUGUUCAGAUGUACCCUCCUGCAAAAAAUACUUUAGUAUUUAUCACUUGUUGUGCACAUUCAAUUGAAUAGAAGCCAUUGGGCUUCAAAGGAAGCUUUUCAUAGUAAAAUACUUUAUUAAGCGCAUUUUGAUACCAUCAUGUAUUCAUUCAUUCAUUUUGCCACCUGCUUACUCCAAUAUUGGGGAGCUGAAUAGCCUAAUCUGACCAUUAUGUGAAUAAGAAGUUAUUUAUUUAUUUUGGCUGUUUUUUGGAGUCUCUACCAUUCCUGCUUUUAUAAGACAGCUGUUAAUAUUGCGUGAUUUGGAACUCCUACUGUAUGUCAUGACAGAAUAGAGUUUCCUUUAACAAUAAGAAACCAUGACACCAUUUACUUAAGCCAGUAAAAUCAAACAUAAUCCAUGAGCAUCGACUUUGACGGUUUGAAGAGUGAGGUGGUACUCAGCAUGCCAGAUGCUACAUAUGGCUCAUUGCCAUACUGCUUCCUCUCAAAUGCUGGCCACGUGUUAGCUGAACAGCAGAUCUUUGCUGCAUGCUUGUCUGAUGGCCAUCUUAAGCUGGUCGGUUGUGCAAGUAAACAGUUUUUUAUCAAUACUAUUAACGGCUUCUAUUCAAUUGAAUGUGCAUCUCGAAAUCCUCCCUGGCCCUCUGUCUCAACAGUACCAGCCUUUUAGACACAAGACAAGGUGGUGGAGUGUAGGCUAGUAGCCUUGCUCUCCAAUUAUUCAUUUUUUCCAAGUGGUAUUUCUUACCUCAUCUCCUCUCAUCUUAACUGCUUUUCCUAGUGAGGGUCACAGUGGCAGCAGGUCGGCCCAGACUUCCCUGACCUCUGCUAUAGAUUCCAGCUCUUUCACAUUCUCAAAUCAGCCGAGAUAUAAUCCUUCCAGCCUCCCCUGAGUCUGCCAUAGGACCUCCGCCCAGUGGGAUGUGCCCAGAGCAGCUCUGUGGGGAGCCCCCUAGGGGACACCCUUACGGCAUUCCCAGACUUCCUCGACUGGCUCCUCUCACUCUAGAGGAGCAGCGAAUUUACUCUUAGGCUCUCUCUCCUAAAUCGCUCACCUCUCAGAGAGUCGGCCCGGCCACCCUAUGAAGAAUCCUCAUUUCUGCCCCUUGUACUCACAAUCUCAUUCUUUCGGUCAAUGCCCACAGCUGAGGACUGUGAUGUUGAGCGACCAGUAAACCCAGAGUUUUAUCUUUAGACUCAACUCCUGAUUCACCACCUAGGACCACUACAAGAGCUGCCGCUGCCGUGUCACUCUCACGGUCCCCUUUUCCGUUACUUAUAAACAAGAUCCUGAGACACUUGAACUCCUCCGCUAAGUUGCCAAUCCCCCAACCAAGCGGCAGCAAUCUGGUCAUUUCUGCUAUCGGUGGCAAAGGUAUAACCAUCCUACCAACUUAUUAAACCCAUUUUGAUACCAACAUGUAUUCAUUCAUUCAUUCUGCCACUUGCCUACUCCAAUAUUGGGGAACCAAACGGCCUAAUCUGACCAUUAUGUGAACAAGAAGUUAUUUAUUUAUUUAUUAUGGGUGUUUUUUUGGAGUCUGUACCAUUCCUGCUUUUAUAAGACAGCAGUUAAUUUUGCAUGAUUUGAAACUCUUAUGUCAUAAUAGGAAAAGAAUUUGCUUUUACAAUAAGAAACCAUGAUCCCAUUUGCUUCUUCUUCUUUCGGCUGCUCCCGUUAGGGGUUGCCACAGCAGAUCAUCCAAAAUUGUUGUCCGCAUAUUGAUUUGGCUAAAUUUUACACCGGAUGCCCUUCCUAACAUAACCAUCCCCAUUUAUCCGGGCUUGGGACCGGCACAAGGAAACACACUGGUUUGUGCAUCUCCUAGUAAAAUCAAACAUAAUCCAUGAGCGUCGACUUUUUCCGGUUUGAAGAGUAAAGUGGUGUUCAGCAUGUUGGACGCUCAGAUAAAUUAAUUGAACAGAGAAAAGCAUUUCAUUGUCACACAUCCUCACUUAAACCAGACAUGUAGGUUGUUAACUACACAGAGUAACUUUAAGAAGGCUGCCUUUGCCAAGUCCAACACACAAAUUUGAGAUUUACAAGGCACACGGUGAUCCCUUUUAUUUUGUAUCCACUGACCAGGCUUCCAACUCGUGAAAGAGGAGAUGGGUUGGAAGCUCCAUAUGGUUUUUUUCUUCCCACAUGUACUUUUCAAGCAAUAUUUAACUUUUAUUAUUAAGGGAGAAUGAAUAAUCAUAAGGGAUUUUUGUUUUAUUUCAAAAAGAGUUUUUGUUUCUAGCUACGAAAUACUUCAUCAGAAUCAAUAACUUUGCAACAAGCUGGAAAGGAUAACAUGAGAGAAAGUCACAUCUCCAGAAGUGGACUGGUUGCUCAUGUUCAACAUGCGAGCCGCACGGAGCUUGAAGAAAGACUCUCAUAUAACGUAGACGACUGCUCAGGGUCACAGCAAUGGGGACUUAACACUCUUGUCAAUUAUGACGGCCAGCGUUCCAACUGUACCAUUAAGCAAGCAAUCAACCUACUGAAUCUGCCACACCUCAGUUGUCUCUGACUUGAACUCGUAACUGCUGCAGGCAUUGACUAAAAACAUUAGCAGAUGUUGUGCUGAAAAUGAUUAAAAGGGAAUUUCUGCCUUUAAUACGCUACUUCAUCUUAACUUAAAAAAGGUGAAUGACUAAAGCGAAAAAUCAAACUCAUUCAUAGGACUAAUAUUCAGUUCUCCUUUUGUGAAGUCUGGCCAGGCCACAUAUUUAUUGUAGGGGCUGGUUUAUUUUUUGCGGGUGUUUUCCAACUAAGGUCAGAAAAGAGUGAUCCACACAUUGCCUUAUUUCAAGCACUCAACCUUAGUUGGUAUUUCUUUCAAAAUGUAUUUAGCUGCUAUUAUACUUCACUAUCUGUCAUUCAGACAGAUCAGCUUCUUUGUAUCAAUGCUUCAGGUGUUUGCCCAGCACCUUUUUUUGUGUGUAAAUUACUUUUUAAUCUAAAUUUUGCUAAGUGAAUGUAGUUUGGUCACCACAACCGACAGCCCUGCACUGUUUAUAGAGUGAAAAAUAAAUGUCUUAGUUUUAUAAAAUAUCCCUAAAGCACAAUGGAAUAAAAUAUUUAGUUUUGUACUUGUUUUUGGGGUCAGUUUCUGUAAAUGGUACUGUACAUACAAACCUUGGUAUUCCUCUGGCUGACCUUGAGCUUUUGCACAAAUUUGCAGUUAUACUGUAUCUCCAGUCUGAGUGCUCAAAAAAGGGCCAUACUGGGAAAUAAGUCAAGUGCUGGAAUAUUUCCAGUCUGUCGGGAUAAAGGUUGUAAGCAACUACAUUUUAUCAUUCACAGAACGCUACAAAACACAUUACUUUGUAUACAAAUAUUUAAAAAAAGCAUUUAUAACUGUGUGCCAUUCAAGGUCUUACUCUCUAAAUGUUUUAUUACUGUUUAAUAUUAAGAUCUGUCAGUACCUUAAAUGAGGCUCAGUUAUACUCGGACUGAAGAUCAUUUACUUCAGCUACUUCAGGAUUGGCAACAUUCAUUAAAAAAAUCAUUACCUUUAAUCUAAAUUACGCCCUGUCCACAUUUAUCCUCUACGGUGUACUCUGUGCUUAGGGGAGAAAGGGCUGGCUUUCAGAUUAAGGCGCGUUCACCGCUGCUUCUCUCCUGUAAAUAUCAAACAAAGUGUAUGUACGUGAACAAGACAAAAGAACAUCUCAACUGAAACAAUUCAAGACAUUUGCCAGCUCUCUUACCUAUGUGGCUGCUUUUACAUCAGUUGAUUCAAUAUCAUUUGUUAUUUUUCUUAUUUUAUAAAUGGUGUUCUGUUUCCAUUAUUUCUUCAAGAUUUUUAAUCUUUAAGAAAAAUCCAUUGUACAGAUUUAGGAAUAAACUGCAUGUAUCUGGCAGCAGUGAAGCUGUCACUAAACUCUACAUUCCAGUAUUUCCUGAAAAUUGCCAAGUAAGGUGGCAUUUGAAAGCCCAAGUAUUGUCAUUCUAAGUCUGACUCUGAUCUUAGGUGCCACCGUGCAUAUAGAAGGGUCUGAGCAGGUCCUUUUGUACAUGUUCCGGCUAGAGUUUUGUACCAUUUUAAUAUCAAACAUCAAACACCUUAAUAAAAUAUAUUAAUGGGACUGUAUUUUUAUUUGAUUUUAUGAAGAAGUCACACGUUAAAUUAUAUUCUCCCAAAAGUAAGAAGUAACAUUUCUAAAAAUGUAUUUUAACACACAAUACAUAAACAAAUCUUUUUUUUUUUUUUUUUAGCUCAUUGUUGUUUUUAAAAUCUGUUUUGUAGCAUUCAGUACUUAGCAGCCACUCAUCAGACAAAUUAUUUUGCAGAACUGUAUAUAAGCUCUAUUUUUAAGAACAUUGUGUACUUAGUCAUGGACUGUAUAA